GGGUGUUCAGUUCGCGAGUUUGCGUCGCUCUGGUCGUUCUGAUAAUACUCCACAGGCUUGUUUUUAUAUUUAUUUAUUUAUUUAUUUUCCUUAAUUGUGUCUCCGUUUGGAUUCGAGUUGUGGAGAACGAGAAAGAGCCUGAUCGAACGCGGGUGUUGUGCUCUCGCGGAAACGCUAUGAUUAAACAUUCCAGUGGAAUGAACCGUGUGAAUGAGAGAAAGGGAGAGUCUAAUUGGUGUUUCAUUCACGCUGGACUAAAUCUGUAGUCCUUCAAGCUUUCGCGUAUUCGUGAUUGACGUUUGCUUUGAGGGAUCAGAGGGGUCAAAGAGGGUUUUGAUACUUAACCAGUUCACCUGAAAGUGACAAGUCCGCACGAACGCGGCAUUGACACGGGGUUAAGUUCUCACGAUGCUGCCACCCCCUAUUGGCAAUAACAUUGGGGCUUUUGGUCUUGGAGCAUCAACUCGUGACAAAGGUCGAUUGCUUAGUUAUUCGGCUAUGGAAACAUGAUAUGCUGAGAAUAAUAUCGGGACUAAGCUCAGCCGAGCCGAGAAUGAAUGAAGAGUUGAUCUUAAACUUUGGAAGGAGGUAGAACAUCGAUGAGUGAUUGUGUCGCCUCGACUAAUAACGGAGAUGUGGCGGACCUGACAACGACAUCAUCCGAAGAGCCAAAAAGCUGUUGCACAGUUGUCAACCCUGCGGAGUCAGCCUACGGGGAGUUUUUAAUAUAAAAAGUGUAAGCUCUCGAAGCUCCGGCGACUUACUGAUCUCCAUAGAAACUAAAGAGAACGCGGCGCCACAGAAUGAUGAACGAGCUACCGGCUGAAGUGCCCGGGAGGGCGCUAAAGUCCCUGUUGAAAAAGCCCGGUCAGACGAGAUUGAAGAGUCACAAGAAUCGCGUCAUCAUUAAUGAGAAACAUAACGAGUAUUUCGCAGCGGAUUAUAUUAUACUGAUAAAGGAAGAAUGCUGCGCGGACUACGAGGAGGAGUGCGACUGUUGUUGUCAGGAGCCGGAGAUGAUAAGACUGGGCAAUUGCAAGGAGUGCAGAGCAGAUGUGACGCGAAAUAUGAGCAACAGUAACGACACAACGAGCACCGAUCAGCGUUACGAUAACAAGGGACGGAACGGCGAUGUUCGGGGCAUGGGAAUGGAUUGCGAUAUCAAUUCAGCGAUUGGUGGAAGAAGGGGGGACAAUCGUCAGGCUGCUUUUGGAAGCGAGGAAUCGCAAGAGGAGGACGACGAGGAAGAGGAGGAGGAGGAGGAGGAGGACGAGGACGACGAGGAAGAGGAAGAGGAGGACGAGGACGACGACGAGGACGAAGAGGUCGAGGAUUCGGACGAGAACGACAAGUGCCGGAGAGGCGAAAUGGUUAAUUGUAACAUUGCUAAUUGCAUAUCACCGCUCCAGAAGGUUCAGGAACGACCACCGCAGCAACAGGAAACGCUCAGCCCACCGGAGGGAUACAAGGACGUUUGUGACGAGGACUCCGCGCUUGGUGGAGAUGACCAGCAGCAGCAUCUAGUUUGUGGCGAGUGCAACUACUAUCACCGUCAAAGGACAGCCGGCCCAGGAGCGGACUACAACAAUGAGGGAAAGGUACAGAUUCGGGAUGACGGAACGACGACGAGUGGAAAAGAGGUCGCCAGACGGGAAGACGACGACGAACAGCCCAAGAGCGAUCAGGCUCAGCAGACAACGCCAGAUCUUCAUCAACGUUACCUCGUGGAGACGAUAACAAUGACGACAGUGACGGAGCGUCGAAUAGUUCGAGAGAUAAGCGAGGAGGAAACAAGGCCAGUGAGGAGCGACGACCCGGAUGCGAUAAACGCGAACGAUGCGGUGGAAAACACGAAAAAUAACAGCGAGAAAAAAGUUGGGAGCGAGGAGCUCGAGCGGGAGCGUUCGGAGGAUUCGAAUCCAAGAUCGGAUAACGAUGAUAACGAGAACGGUGGCAAAAUAGUCCAGCAGAAAGAAAAAUUCGAAGAUUCGGAGACCGGCCAGACGACGAACCAGCAUGGGAGGGAUGCGAGCGAGACGCCGGAGCUGUCGCUCUCAUUCAAGCUUGGAAACGUAUCGCUGGGCCUGAACAACAGUUUGAAGCCGAAUUCAGCAGUCCGCCAAUUGUUUCCCGACCCCCGUUUUAUAUCGCCUCCACCAGCGGCAGCGAAAGGAAUUUCUGGUUCGUUGAAUCACAGCCACGACGAAGGAGGAACGGACAGCGAUAGUUCCGAGGCUCAAAAGUUCCUCAUAACGACCGAGAGCCUCCGUCUGUUCGACGCGGUCAAGAGGUCUAAAAUGGCAGGCUCGCGAAGCGACUCGUCCGAGAGCGAAACUUCGAGCAUAAAACGCACGAUCGAGCGGAACGCGCUCAGGCGAAGUCUCAUCUGCAAGUACGAAACGACCUCGAAGAAGAAGAACCUACGAAGCAAGGACUUGACACUGGAGGAAAGAAUACGGCAGUUGACCUGCGUCGAUCAGGACGAUGACAACACUGGAGGUAGCAGCGCUUCGGAAAGCGGCGUACCAACGACUACGACAAUGAUGACAACGGGAAUGACAACCGGUUCGGACACGCUUCACCACGGCGGCGACUUCCCGGUGAGGACGUCGCCCUCCGGGGAAGAGCAUCCUAACAAGACCGAUCCUCGGGUCUGCCCGUCGAGAUUACUAUCGAGUACGAACGAUGUGCACGAAACAAUGACGACAACGACGCUUUUGCAGCAGAGCAGCACAAACGCCCAUCAUCACCACCACCACCAUCACCAUCAUCACCACCAAUCGACCUACAAAAGAAUAACCGAUUUGUUUGCAGCGAAAAAGAUGAUCGAUCCCAAUCUGCCGGACAUCGGACUCGGCGACAAAGCGACAUUGAGCAAAGAAUACGCGAGUGCGAAUAAAACUAGCUUGGCCAAGAUGAACUCGGACGCGAGGAAACAGUUCUUGGCGAGUUUGGCGCCACUGUCGUGCGUCGCUUCGACCGGCGUCGAAAGCCGAGAGGAUUACUACCAGUUGUCUUCGAAGCAAAUGAGCAAUGCUCGGGUGAACGAUGCCACGGGUAACCGCGAUUCGAUAGGAUACAAUUCCGACUCUUCCUACAGUCUGGAGGACAUAGAAGCCGCGUUGAGAGGCGAGGAAAGGAAUUACAAGAAUUCCGGUGGCCCGCCGGACGUUACGAGAGGCACGCCGACCGGAAGUGGCCCGGAAACGGUCGAUCCUACGACCGAUGAGUUGCUGGCAUUUGUCGAGCAGGAUAAGUCGAGGACCGAGCGUAUAAGGAGGCGCUACAACGAGGGUGACCAGGAGCCUGGAGCGCCGGUUCCUCCCCUGAGGAGCGAGAACCACAAGCAGGAAAGAUCCGACAGGGAGCAUCGGGAGGACGAGAACGUGAGCAACGAUCAGGACGACGAGGAGGAGGACGACGAGCUGAACGAUUACGGCUUCAACCGCAGACCUUCGGUGCGCGGAAUAAAGCCGCAGUUCGAAACCACCAGUGAAAUAGUCAGGCAGCUGAGAUCCAGAAGCGCUGUACCCGCGGCGAUUGCGGAAAAAAAUCGCGCCUCUUUCCACGCCGUACCCCCGUGGCCGUAUUACGAGAUAGUGGGUGACACGAGCAACGAAAAACAAAUCGGCACAACUUUUCUCCUCGCAGCGCCAGCCUCGAUGCUCGACGAGAGCGACGAACAGCGGGGACUCAAUCCGGAAUGCCAGCAUCGCGAUAACACUACGAUCGGUCGGAUAAAUACUAUGCAGAAACAAAUCGAUGACAUUUAUCAAACGAUCGCAGAGACCGCGUCAACGGUUCAGGUUAAUCACGAGCGAAGUUCGUACCUCGAGAGCACACUGCCACGAGCCGCGUCGCGAGCACCGAAUACGGACUCUUGUCAUCGUUACUCCUUGCAGGAGCAAACUCACUUGGGAAUAAAUGGGAGUAUUCAUUAUCACGAACAACAUCCCGUCGUCGGUGGCAGAAUGCUGAGAAUAACCGGUGGCGGUGAUGGCCCAACCGGUCAUACCGCGUACAAUACUUUGCCAACUAAAUCUAGACGUCCGCAGACAGUUGCUAUUGCUAAUUAUCCCUGCGGCGUCUCCCCCCUUCAACAGCCACUGCACAUUAACGAGGAAACCACCAAAUGUUACCGCACCAUGUAUCUCGUACCUUACAACGGUAUAUCCGAUCCUACUUAUCAGAAUAUCCAGCGAAACUUGCCACCGCACUCUUCACCCAAUUACGCCAAUCACAUAGAGCGUUAUCCGUAUCCUCGAAACGGGCGCGCGGUUGAUCAUCCCGGGAUGAUCCAACACCAACUGGUAUCUCAGCAACCGCGGGCUUACUACACCCGAACGAUGGGCGGCGUUCCUCCAGGAAAUCCUGCGAAUCUUCAUGUCCAACCUCCCACCGGCCUCCAUCUUCAUUUGCACGGACAAACCGAGGAUUUCCGGUUCGCCGGGGCUCCUCUUCAGCAACAUCCGAUGCAGCCACAGCUGCAACAUCACCAACACGCGAAUCAGUUGGCUGGGUACAGCGCUCAAACUCUUCCAACGUAUACGGUCCUCGCUCCUUCCAGACCAAACGGUCAUCCUUACAGUCUUCAUCCGGCUAACCGGAACAGUGCAUCCGACGUACAAACUCAAACUGUCUCAUCGCCGAACGCUCCUUCCACGACGACUUGCGCUUCCACCAUCCUCAACAGCACUUACAACAACGGGAUCUCCAGCCAUCUCGGGACUUCUUCCUCUUCUUCGAACUCCUCGACGCUCUCGUCGCCGACGAAGAUCCAACAGCAGCGGAGCAACGUUGCCGAACGCGGAGUUCCCGAGGGCGCUGCCAGCGCACCUUCUCACGAUUACUCACAGACGAACAACACUUUUCACGGACACUCGGCCAACGUUCCACCACCAAACACCCAAAAUUCCGUCUACUAUGCGAUGAACGUUUAAAGUCUGAGCCCCAGGAUUUGAGCCACUUCUUUCGUGCACACUUUUCUCGACCCCUUCCGUCUGCCCCAGCUGUGGGGUCCUCAUCGUUGAUAUUUUAUUUUUUCAUUUCUCUCAUGAGCGAACGAAACGAUCCGAAGAGGGAGAGGAAGGAGGAUCGCUGAAGGCAGACGGACGAAUCUCCACAGUCGGAAAGCUCUCCGUGUUGUAUGAGUAUUGAUUUCUUUCUCACCCGGGAGAAAGAGAGAAUGCGAGAGAGGCGAGGAUAACUCGAGACUCGCGGCCGAAGCACAAGGUCGAUACUCGUGCGGGAGCGCGGAGAGAGUCGAACAAUUUCAACCUUCAUUUCCCAUAUAGCUUUUCUUCAUAUUCGACGAGGAGAUGUGCAAUUCCAGAAAGCCUCAUUUGUGGAUUCGAGCUAAGACAGCACUCGCUAAAUCUGUGCCAGUGCUGUACAGCACUUUAGUUCGAGAGGGAACUUCCCAAUUGGGCUAUAAAGUGAAAAUCCAUAAAACAUGCCGUCAAUCUGAAGAGCGAGGCGCUGGAAAGCUCCGAAUUAAGGAAUCUUUAUCAGUUGAGAAUAAGCCACCGACUGGUUCGAGCCUCGUUGAAAAUCCUCCAAAUUCGAAGCUCCUCUUCUCCUUGCAGCCGUUUUUUUCUUCGUCGAACUUUCAUUUCCCAAUAAAGCCUCAUAUUUACGAGCAUUUUUUCGAGAACGUGUACGCGCAGAAAAAUAAUGACGUGUCAGUUGCACUGCCCGGAAUGACAAACGAAGAGAGAAUUAUUUUUCUUUAGCCUCCGAGGCUUCCCAUCUCUUUUCUCUUCUAUCAGAGGCUGGUCCAUUGGGCACAUUCAGCGGAUGUCCUCGUCAAGCUCUAUUUCCUAUACGUUUGUGGACUUUGGAGAUGUCGAGUGCUCGUUUGAGGAAAAAAUACGUUCAUUGUUUUUCUACUACUAUUGUUUAUCAUCAAUUGUUUCGAUUCACAACUUUUUGUUCACAUUAUUCACGCUGCUCUCUUGUGGCUGGCGUGCAGCAUAAAAGUAUUUCAAACGCUGAGACGCUUGGGGGGCAGCAUUUUUUUAAGUACAAUAACCAGCCCGAAUUCGGUUGAGGCGAAAAUUAAUAAUAAACAAAUGGACGGUCCAAUGUAGCAAUGUGCGACGGUUCGUGUACCGAACUAGGCCACCUGUGGUGGACAUACGACAUUCUACCUUGAAAAAUUCCUCAAAAGUGUACAUAAACUUUCACGGACGAGUGAACGUUCCUCUCUCUCUCUCUCUCUCCCUCCUUCUCUUCUGCUCGAACGGUUAUGUGCUCGAGACAUAUACGAGGCGACCUCGUAUUUUCCUCCGGUUCUCGAUACUCCAGCGCAAACUUCUUUAUUCUCUUAUUCUCUCUCCUGCAUUCUUGCUUUUUGCAAUAUCGACCUCGAUUGCCGACCGAGAACGAUAAUCGUGUCAACAAAAAUCCAAUUUUUCCUUUCCUCCGGUAUAGCGGGAGGGAAAAGUAAGGAAAACAAGGAAGAAGGGAAAAGGCUGGGUCGAGGAAGAAGAUUUCAAACAAAUCACGAUUCCGCGUUUGCAAUUGGGAUUUCUUUCGAAAUUCUCUUGCAUGGAAUUAACCAGUCCAAAGAUUUCGGAUCACACCAAUCCGUUUUUCAUUAAUUAUCAUUGUAGAAUAUCAUAUUAUUUUCAUAGCAGGUCAAAAAUAAUGUAAAACAAUGUCUCAGUGUAAAAGAGCCUUUACAGAAGGAAUUGUAUAUAAACAAUGAAACAUUAUCAUUAUCACUAUCAUUCCUAUUAUUAAUAUUAUUCUCAUUUUUCAUAUCAUUAUUAUCAAGAAAAUAGAUCAUACGUAGUGCGUAAGAACUGAAUAGAGAAAGUUUUAUGUAAAUCGAGAGAGAAAGAGAGACAGGAAGGCGAGCUGAGAAACGAGCAGAGAUUUGAAAAGUGGAUUUUUUCGAAUCGUUAUUAAAAGCUUUAAUUUGUAUGGAUCGGUUGCACUGAUAAUAGAAAAUCAAUUCAAUGUUAGACGCUCUUUUUAUCGAAAAAAAUGAAGAGGAAUAUUUAUUGUCGUUGGAUUAUUUGAAAAAUACGAUACACGAUAUUAAAAUCAUUAUUUAAUCGGUGUUUCAUUGUAAUUUGACAUAUUGUACUGUGUAAAAGUGUGCGGUCAUUUGUAAUUUGUCAGAGUCUCUCUCUCGAUCCACCGACCAAAAGGAAUAUUGUUUCAUUAUCAUUUGAUCAUUGAUAUUAUCAUUAUUAUCAUCGUCAUUGAUUUUAUUAAUAUUUCAAAUGAAUUUUAUGACUUUCAUUAUAUGCGUUAAAAAAUAUAUUAUCAAUGGCGUAUUACGCUCGGAGCAUUUAGUGAAAGACACACUUGCAAUUAAUGUCCGGGAGUCCCGUGCGAGUAUUUCGUCGUUAUUUCAAGCGAUUUGUCCCUCCUUCUCUACUUCGCGCUUAACGAAUUGUAAUUAUGCCAAAUAUUGAUUCAAUCGACAAGUUCAAUCAUCGUCGUGCUUCUGCCGAAAGAAUGAAAUUUUAUCAUUUACUCAAACCGGAUGAGAAUGUCGGUGGGUGAACUGGAAAAAGCGUGAGAUUGGCGAGUUGAAAGAAGAUUAUUUUUAUUUUUAAUUCACAAAUACGUUUUUGCGGAAAAAAAACUUCAAAAGUGUAUUAAAAAAGUCUCCACAGAAAAGUUUUUUUUCUAUCCUUAACGUUGCAUUGGGAAAAAAAAUUUGAUCAUGCCACUUUUGUAUUUUUGGCAGACACACGAGAUAAGGAAAAAGGACAACGUGCGUUGAGAUAAAUUGCACAUUAUAAUUAAGGACAUUGAACAACGCGAUGUUGCGUGUUUAAAUGACUAAACGGAAAUGAACGAAAGACUAUAUAUGUAUGCAUAUAUAAUGAGCCUAUUUAAACGAAUCAUAAUAGUCACGAUGCGCCAAGUGUGUAAAAUAAACUUACGUCUAUAUAGAACCCGUAGAGCGUGAUUCUGUAUGCUAAUGUCGUCGAUACAAUUAACUUGGAUCGAUUUUCGUUUUUUUUUUGUUUUUAAUGCAAUUCGUGCUUAAUCAUUGGUCCGGUUUUCUGCAUCGAUAGGAUUGUGAAUCUAACGGAAAAAACCGAAAUAAUCCGAAUCCAAACACACACUUUUUGUGUAGUAUUAUUGCCCAUGGAAAUAAUUUGUAUUCGAGAUAAAUUAAAAAAAAAAAAAACGUUGCAAACGUUUUAUCACGUAGCUAAAAGGGCAAAACUUGUUUUCAAUUUUUUUCACUCGAUUCUUCAUGAUUUUGGUGGGCAUGAUUUCUUGAAAACCGCAUUUCUGGAGUCACAUUUUUUUCGAAAUUUAUCGCAAUCCAGUCUCUUCGUUUGGGCUUUGAGAAAUAAUAUGAUCGAAUAAAUUUUAUUGCCAUGGGGACAAAAAAUCUAAGAUCGAUUUACAAAAUGGUAACCAAAGUUGCGCCGGCCGUUGUUGUUGUUGUUGAUGUUGUUGUUGUGAUAAGUAGAAUUUUCGUUGAUAAUUUAGGGAUGCGAAGGGGAGCGCAGAAAUAUUUUUAUUUUAUGUUUUUUCUUGCGCACGCGUGAAUGAGUGAUUAUUUAUGUAAAAAUGCGAAAUACGGAAUGAAAGCGUUUCUCCUUUGGUUCCUUGCUCGCUGGUUCAACACACUUGUACAAAAAAAAAAAAAACAAAACAAAUGAAAAACAGAAAGCCCGAGAUUUUUUACGAGAGAAAAAACAUACUGACCGUAGUUCGAGCGUACGAGGAACGGGAGAAAAAAUGAAAGCACGAUUUCAACGCUCGACGUGUAAAAAUUCGUCUCGACGAUAAGAAGAACAAAAGACCUGGGCUUUGAAAUAUUGAAGACUGCAAUAAUUCCAAUUCUGGCCUAUUUAUUGAAAACUAUUUAUGUAGUUAGGAUAGACACGUCCGUAUUUAGAAAUGAGAUAAAAAAAUAAACUCGCGUGCGAAUUGUUCGAAAAGAAACGAACUCAUUGUGAGUCACGCAAAAAAUAAACGUGCGAGAUCCAGGAGCGGAAAGAAGAAAAGCAGGAUUGUAAACGUUGAAACGUUUUUUCGGAUUUACCAUGAAAUCGUAGCGAGGCAAACGAGAAAAGGAUCUUUUCAUAUUUAUAGAUUGCAGAAUGAAGAUAAUUAUUAUUUAUUUUUUAUUUUUUAUUUUUUAUUUUUAGUUGUGUAUCCAUUGUUUUAGUUACCCCCACUUUUAUUAUGAGUAAACUUCAUUCCAAAGAUAAUGUUGAUUUUGUUUAUUAUUUCUUUUUAUUUAAUAAAUCAUUGACAAAUAUUUUUGUACAUACGUUUUUCCAUAGGAUAUUCUCAAAAAGCACUUCCGAUAUUUCGUUCGAAAAUCGAACCUACUCCGCCCUGCUACAUCCCAAAUAAAAAAUCUAGACUAGAGAUUUUCCAAAAAGCUGUAAAUCAACUCACCAGAUGCGCAGAAUUAAAGCAUAAACCGUAUCUCUAUGCUUCAACACUA